GGGUUAAAAACACCCCCUCUUCCAUCUCUACUGCACUAUAUCUUCUUGUUUUGUGUUCGGAAUUCUUAUUAAUCCGUCUCGCAUCUAUUAAUGUUUUGAGGUGAUAUUUAUCCUAAGGAGUAUAUGAGCAUAUGCUGUUUUGCAUUCUAUGUGUAGAUGUGUUUUGGCGAACAACAGCACUAUUUACGCUUUCCUCCUGACGCAGCACUAGCUUCCUUUGUCACUCGGACUUCCGUUUUCACGUGCAGUCAACUGAGAAGGGAUGUUUUGCUUAUGAAAAUUCAAGAUUUGAUCGUUUAUAUCGUUUUGAGUUUCUGUAUUUGAGACGGACAACAUCCUUCGGUAUUGCUAGACGCUAAAUACUACGGACAAAUCUUCACUUCUUUGUGUGCAAGAUGUUGCACGCUAGCUGACCUUAUCUGAAGUUGUUUGCUAAUAUCUGCUAGCUCGUUUUGUUGGGAUAACUAUCACCAGAGCCGUAGUGCGAGGUCAUUUUAGACCACCCUGUAGAGUUCGUAUCGAUCAUAUCGCUUUUGUUUUUAGUGCACAGUGUAGUUGGUUGUUUUGGGACAUUGUGUGUCCCUGUCAGAUUGCCACAUUAUAGCCUAAUAGGCUAAUUAGCCAGCUUGCAUUUGACAGCUGGAUUGCUGUCUUGCUUUUUCUUGUCGGUCGCUGACAUUUAGGGCUAGGGUAAAGUUGUUUGCCAUUAGUGAAAGUAGUUGGCAUUGGGUUAAGCCAACGCUGACUAGCUAAACCGGAAUCGCAGGUGGAGACUAAAACUAAGCUGCUUUUUGUGCUGAGCCACAAUGUUUCGCUAUUUGGGUGAUGCAGAAGAGAGCCCCUUCAUGAUGGAUCCCUUCUCAGUACACAGACAGCAGAUGAGAACCCUCUUUGACCCAUUCGGCUUUGAGGCAGCAGCAGCCUUCCCCCUCGCCACCCAGAUACAUCAUCCACGAAGACCUCUACAGCCCCAGGCAACCGCGCUGGCUCCCUUUGGAAUGAUGGGAAUGGGUGGCGGUUUCAUGGACAUGUUUGACAUGAUGGGAGGGAUGAUGGAGAACAUGGAGAGAAUGUCUGGUUCCCCAAACUGCCAGACCUUCUCCUCAUCCACAGUGAUCUCCUACUCUUCAUCCGACCUCGGAGCCCCCAAAGUCUACCAGCAGACCAGCGAAGUCAGGACUGCGCCAGGCGGGAUCCGAGAGACGCGCCAGUCCAUGAGGGACAGCGAAAGCGGGCUGGAGCGCAUGGCUAUUGGCCACCACAUUGGUGAGCGGGCACACGUGAUGGAGCGCGCCCGAAACCGCCGCACCGGCGACCGAGAGGAGAGACAGGACUUCAUCAACCUGGAAGAGAGUGAGGCAGCCGCUUUCGACGAGGAGUUCAGGAGAGGCGUGGGGCGGUACGCUCCCCCAGGGGUGCGCAGCAUAGACUACGGUCGCGACAGGAGGGCAGGAGGCGGGCAGCAGUUGGCCCUGACGGCCCACCCCAGCUCCGACUCGCCGCCGGUCCCCCGCCACGAGUCCCCACGCCACCACCACCAGCGGCCCCACUCCCGCCCCCGCUACGACUGGUGAAAGGUUCCUUUGGUAGAACCUCCUUGGCGCUGUGAAAAAGAGGAAGAGUGGUAGAGAAAAAUCUGAACUGAACUAGAUGGUUGUUUGAUAGAUUUUGGUGUAACUGGACUGUCUGUAUAUAAAUAUAAAACUACAUAUCGUGCUUUUACUCAUCCGCCACACCACACUCAUACCGACUUAGGGUCUGACAGUGACAACAUAGCUUUGUAACGACACACACCCACACACACACACACACACAUGCUCACAUACACACCACAGGGAGGUGUCCACACACCUACACACACUGUAAAUAAUCUCCUCAUAGCAAACAGUACAGUACUCCUCGGCAGCACACUACUCUACACACCCAGACAUACACACCCACACACAAACACACCUGCUGUAUAGUCCAUGAAUCUAUAUGUAGACACUAGAGCUUGUGGUUUGAACUGUACGCUGUUGUCUUAUGAAACUGAAGUAUUGUUAAGCAUUCAUUAAACCUUAAAGGUAA